AUGCCUAAAAGAUCAAGAUCUCAACUUUCUAGAAAUAGUUCCCAGGCCAGGGCAUCAAAAAUACGUCGAAAUGAAGAAUCUUCAUCAGAAACUGAAAAUCGUCUUUCAAUUCAUAGACAAUAUGUGGCACAAUCGCGUGCUAGAGAGUCGAGUACCGAGCGUUCGCAACGGCUCGCUGAACAAAAUAUGAGAACCACUCAAAUACGCGCGCGAGAAUCCAGUUUGCAGCGUUCUCAACGGCUCGCUGAACAAAAUGUGAGGACUUCUCGAGUCCGCGCGCGAGAGUCCAGUCUUGAGCGUUCAGAGCGACUAGCUGAUCAAAAUUUGAGAACCUCUCAAGCACGCGCGCGAGAAUCGAGUCUUGAGCGUUUACAGCGUCUAGCUCAACAAAAUUUGAGAACCUCUCAGGUACGCGCGCGAGAGUCCAGUCUUGAGCGUUCGCAGCGCCUUACUGAACAAAAUCUAAGAACCUCUCAUGUGCAUGCGCGAGAGUCAAGUACUCAGCGUUUGCAGCGGCUUGAAGAGCAAAAUAUCAGAAAUAUUCAAUCUCGCACUAGGGAAUCAAGCUCUGAGCGUUUCCAACGCCUUCAAGAUCAGAGAGAACGACAACAGACGUCAAGAGCGAGAAGUCGCAAUCAAGUUUUAGCCCACAGUAAAAGAUCGGCUUUUAGAUACGAUCCACAGAUUGAUUAUGCUCAACAGUCUUCCGUCCAAAUCGGCGACAUGAAUAAGAUCUGCCCUAAGUGUUCAGCCAAAAAAUGGGUCGAUGAAACUAAUGGCAUGUGCUGUGCUUCUGGAAAAGUUAGUCUCCCCAGUAUUCAGGAACCACCACAGCCAAUAAAAAAUCUUUUGACAAAUAAUCAUUCGCUAUCUAGACAUUUCAUAACCAACAUCCGUAAGUACAAUAGCCUAUUUCAAAUGACUUCGUUUGGCGCCAAAGAAAUAAGAGAGGGUAAUUUUAUGCCAACUUUUAAAAUAGAGGGACAGGUAUAUCAUCUUAUUGGUAGCCUUUUACCACCACCAGGCCAAAAUCCACAAUACUUGCAGGUAUAUUUCAUUUCAGACGCAGAUCAGCUAUCAUUGAGGUCAAACAUAGCUCCAACGCUGAAAAUAGAUUUAAUUAACGAACUACAGACCGCACUGAAUAGCCACAAUGUAUAUAUACGAAGCUUUAAACAAAACAUAGAACGCAAUUCUUCGGAUAAUUUAAAAUUAAUUAUUCAUUCCGACCGCCCACCACAGACAGCACACCCGGGUAGAUACAAUGCUCCAGCUGUAAACGAGGUAGCCGUUCUCUUGGUUGACGAAGAAAAAGGCCCCAGAGAUAUAGUGCUCCACGGAAGAGACGGCCAACUUAAAAGGGUCUCUGAGUUACACCGAUCGUAUGAUCCACUACAGUAUCCCUUAAUGUUCGUGAAAGGAGAAGACGGUUAUUAUUUAACCAUUCCGCAGGAAGGUACAGCGCGUAACAAAACUGUGACGUGCAUGCAAUUUUAUGCAUUUAGGUUGAUGGUUAGAGCUAACUGUUUUAAUGCAUUACAUUAUUACAGGGACUUAUUUAGUCAAUAUAUUGUCGAUAUGAUGGCAAAAAUGAUAUCGGAACGAUUGAAUUACAUAUGUCGUAACCAACAGAGACUAAGGGCUGAAGAAUACAUUCAUCUCAGAGAUGCUUUAAAUCAAGACGGAAAUGUUGACCCAUCAAAUAUCGGUCAACGCGUAAUCUUGCCAUCUUCAUUUACAGGUUCUCCGCGUUACCUGCAUGAAAAAACCCAAGACGCGAUGACUUAUGUCCGAAAUUACGGGAGACCAGACUUAUUUGUCACAUUUACGUGCAACCCCGAAUGGCCUGAAAUUAAAGCGGAACUACUACCUGAUCAGCGAUCUUUCGAUCGUCAUGACAUCAUUUCAAGGGUGUUUCAUUUGAAAAUGAAGAAAUUCUUAAAUUUAUUCGUUAAAAAUGAAAUAUUCGGCAAAGUGAAAUGUUACAUGGCAAGUGUAGAAUGGCAGAAGCGAGGUUUACCACACUGUCAUUUGCUGUUUUGGCUAGAAACAAAAAUCCAACCAGACGAAAUUGAUAGCGUCAUAGUUGCGGAACUACCCAACCAACAAAACGAUCCGAUAUUGUACGAUAUCGUAACAAAAAAUAUGGUGCACGGACCAUGCGGAGAACAUAACUUAUCAGCACCAUGUAUGAAAAACGGUAUUUGCACAAAAAAAUACCCACGACGUUUAGUCAACGAAACUCAGACUGGAGAGGACGGAUAUCCAGUUUAUCGUCGUCGUGAUGCCGCAAAUGGAGGACUGAGCGCUUCGCUAAAUAUCAGAGGCAGAAUUGAAACACGUAGUUGGUUCGCAACAGACUAA